AUGCUAAGUGUGUACACAAACGGCUCUAAAGAAGUCCAGGAAGUCAUUGGAAGAGUGGAAGAGGUCAUCACCCUUUCUCACAGGAUUCCGCUCCGGCUCACAAGGCCAGGUCAACUCAAUAGUGGCUGCAAAAGAACAUUCCAGAGUUCAUCUCUUCCUCGGAUUGGCCCUCAGGAAUCCCUGAGGCUCACCAGGCAGGAAUCUCAAGUCACUGGAUUAUCGGUUUUCGUCCGAAUCGGUGAGGAUGCCAUGCCACAGACCACACCCUAA